GUUGCUUGUCCCUUGCAGAGCAGUAUAUAAAGUGACUACGCUAACAAUUUGUCUCGAGUUGAUGUUUUAUUCAACAAGCACGCACGUGUACUGAACGAGGGAAUAUGGAAAAAAUCAUCGUAAUUUUGACGAUCGUCGCCUCCUGUUGGGCCAGCGAACUGGAAUUUGGCGGUUACGGGCUAACUUUGGGAGAAAUCGCCGUGGACCACGAGGAGGAAGGAUUUGGCCUCGGUGAAUUAGGUGGAUCAGAACACGAGAUUAGUUUAGCAAGUCAUGGGAAAGGCGGACAUUAUAUACCCGUGGUGAAAACAAUCGGAAUACCAGUCGCCAAGAAGGUUCCUCUGUUUAUACCGAGUCUGCAGAUUGAAAAAGUUCCACAGAAUUAUCCAGUCCCGGUAAUCGUGAAGAAACCUGUUCCUUACCAGGUGGAGAAACAAGUAUUUACGAAGGUGGAGAAAAAGGUACCCACGCCCAUCGAGAAAAUCAUUCCAGUGAAAAUUGAGAAGCCUGUACCGUUCCACGUAGUGAAACACAUUCCUGUCCCAGUGGUGAAGCCUAUUCCAAUUAAGAUUCCAAUUCACAAAACAAUAGUGCACAGUCACAAGGGCCAUUAAACUGUGAAAUUACGUUGUUAAUUGUUUUUACGUUAAUCGUUAAUGGCAGCGUUGGAAUUGCAGCCUC